AUGUCCGCCGCCAAGACCAAGGCCCAGGGCAUCAUCGACGAUAACCCCGUCGCCGUCUUCAGCAAGAGCUACUGCCCCUACUGCAAGGCCACCAAGCAGCUGCUGAGCGAGAUGGGGGCUAAGUUCUAUGCUAUUGAGUUGGAUCAGGUUGAUGACGGCGCCGCUAUCCAGGACGCGCUCGAGGAGAUGACGCAUCAGCGCACGGUGCCGAAUGUUUUCAUCGACAAGAAGCACAUUGGCGGAAACUCUGAUCUGCAGAGCAAGAAGAAGGAGCUACCGAAGCUGCUCCAGACCGCCGGGGCUGUCUAG